AUGGUGACGCGAAGGAGUGGCACAGCGCGUGUCGCCGAGGCUGAGCAGGUCGAGCCGGCUGCUUCAAGCAAGUCCACUACAGCGCCAGGCGAUCAAGAUGACGACGCAUUACGAAAAAAGCGAGUACUCGAGCUCUGCAUGAAUUUCGUGCAAACACUGAGGCAUAAGAGGUGUUUCUUUUCUAUCCGUGAGGAAGCAGGCCUUUAAGCCAGACACGCGUUUCUACGAGCAAGAACAUUUUAUUGGAGCCCACAUGAAUGAUGACGGAAUCAAGCCUACCUAAGACACUAAAAGCAUCUAAAAGCAUCUAACUAUGUAUAAGUACGGUAUCCAAGAGAGGAAGGCUCUCAUCAUUUCACCUGUGUUACUCUUAGUUUCUUCAAUUUUCUAAGGUUGCCAAGGCGCUAUUGCUAAGCCUCUAUCUGGUGCAUCUCUCAGGUGGAAAGAGGCAUUGAAGCUAGCCGAAGAGAUCCUGGAGAUGGAGCCCGGGAAUCCGCAGGUCCUGCCACAUAUGGAGAUGCUCGAGGAUCUCGCGGACGCGUCAAGUGAUUCCGACAGUAGCAGUUCAAGCCAAGAGGAAGCGGAAGGCGGUCCGCAGGGGGAUGGAGGGAUAACGGGAUACACAGCAGGACACGCGAAUGAGAAUCCACAAGAUGGAUGAAAAUGGAAAUCUUGUGCGAGAAUGUUGGAGUACGAGUAUGACUUCCUUGUUGAAACUAUCCGCCCGCAGCAGGCUGAAUGAUGCAUUCCCUGAAAUUUCGUCAACACAAGAGUCGAAAAUAAAAUGCACAGAUAGAACAAGAUGCACGGCAUUGAUCUACGCUAAAGUUGGCUUCUUUCUUUUUCCGUGCGUGUUUUAAGAUGCAGCAGGAAAUAACUUCUUUGGCUGUGUAACGUCUUACGGCGAUUGGAAGAUUUUUUUUCGGAUGAUAGAAAGAAACUAACUCUUCUGCGUGUCCUUUUCUACGACAGGAAAAGAGUUUGAGCUAGCCUAU